AUGGCUUACACGCAGGCACCUCUUCGCCGCGUGUAUCUCAUCAAAGAUCAGAGCUGGACUCACCGCGGUUACAAAAUCACCACCCCGGACGAGCUCUCCUGUCUCUACACCGUCCAAACCUCCAGCUCUCAUCCAGAAGUAAUACUAAUCCGCCAUCUCCAGCCAACCCCCUACAACCUUCCGGCAUCUUUCAUGUCAAGAUUAUCCAGGCAAUUCUCUCUAUCCGGUCUCUUGGGGCAUUCCGAAAAUCACCAGCAACCGGGAAGCCAGAUUAACAACGACCAUGUCGUUGCGACUGUCAACUUCCACACUUUCUCGUCAAAGAUUGAUAUUAGUUUCAGCACUAAUCAGGCCAUUGUUAUGAAAUGCCCGGAUGCGUUCUCUAGUGCGCGCAGGUUUGAGAGCCUGACGCCGCUUGGUACGUUGGAGUGGAAGAGAGAUCGGGGUGCGUUGGGAAGUCUUGUAAGCAGCAAUCUGAAAUUGGUGGAUGGGGGUAAGCGGACUGUUGCCAGGUAUGAGAAGAAGUCAUCGAUGCUGUCUAAGGAGAACGAUGUGAUUGCGCUUCUGGUACCGGAGUUGUAUGGGUUUCUGGACAUCGUGGUUAUUACGUGCUUGGCUACACUUGAGUAUAAGAGGACAAAGAAUAGUGCGGAGGAUGCUAUUGGCUCUAUAUGA